AGCAAAAAUAGAAAAGUUGGGUAAGAGCGGUGAAUUCAAUAAAUUGAAAAUUUUUUUUGGUAGGUUAAGUGGCUGAUGGAGAAAAUUUAGAGAGAGAAAGUGAAUAGGAGAGAGAGGGGGAACUGAAAAGAGAGAGUAAGUAUGAAAAGGUGAAAGCCGUGCGAUGCCUUGCAGCGGUUGCGUGUGGAAAGCAGAAAAUUGGUUGAAAGGCCGAACAGGAGAGAGUUUGGGUGCAAACCCCACUCGCGGCCGACGGAGCUCACACCUCACGCGCUCUUCACGCGUUCAAUUUGAAAGAGCAGCGCGAGGAAGACCUGGUUAUCAUGGAGCGUGUGGGCACGCGGAUCAGUUGAUGUUGGAGAAGCAUUGUUGAGAGAGAAAGGCAGUCAAGCUACAGUCAUAUUUAGAGAGAGAAGGAUGGAAAAAGAAAGUGAUAAAAAGUAAUCUACUCAUGAAUCUCUCUCUUCCCUUUCUCUCAAAGCUAAAAGGCCUCCUUUUUCUCUCUCUCUCUUCGUUAUCCCAGCGUAUUCAGACAAUUGAAUUUUUAUUUUCUAAAUGAAAUAAAAUAAAAGAUGACACCAAAAGGAGAGCAGAUUGCUCUGCGCAGAAAGCAUUUUCCAGAAAUCCUUGCAACUGAUAGUACUUCCACCUUCCUAUUUUCCAGAAAUUCUCUUUCACUUUCUCUUUCUCUUUCUCUCUCUACUAUAAAACAAAACAUUUUCCACGCCUUUUUCUCUGCACCCAAACUAAUUUACUUGACUUGGGGUUUUAUGCAGGCUCUGUAAUAUUUGAAAAAGUCGAGCUUUUUUUUUACCUCGGUGUUUUUGUUUAGGAUAUUUUUGAGCUUGAAUCCGAUAGGAGAGGUGUUGAUAAGAGAGAAAGAAGAGAGAGAGAGAAAUGAGGAGGGUUUUUGUGAAGGAGGGGAUCUGAUCUUUCCCUUUCGAGGUUGAAUUCUCGAACUGCUUUUUGAGUCACACGCAGACAAAGAUCCCUCUCUUAUGUAACUCAAGCUUAGCUACUCCUUUUAUUAUUUUUCCGGUUUUUCUUUUUUCCUUUUUCUUCUCUCUUGUGUAAAGGCUUUUAUGGUUUUCCCCUUGUGAUUCAUUUUUCCUGGAAGGCGAGAAAUUUGGAAUUCAUCUUUGUAGAAACCCUUGACUGGAAAUCCAUCCUUCGGAGGUGAAAGAGUAGAUAGAAUUAGAACACAUGCAUUAUUGAUAGCAGCCUCCCUUCUUCCAAGCCCCCAAUUUAGUUCAUCAGAUAUCGGUGCAAUUCAAAGGAUCAGAUUGCUUGUUGUGGAAUUAAAAGAAGGGGGAAAAAAUUGAAGCGAUAGAGGGAGAGAAAUGAGAGCAGGUCUCAGCACGAUCCAACAGACCCUGACGCCGGAGGCGGCUAGCGUGUUGAACCACUCGAUUGCGGAGGCGGGUCGUCGGAAUCACGGGCAAACUACGCCGCUUCACGUGGCAGCAACCCUUCUGGGCUCCCCCUCCGGCUUUCUCCGCCAGGCUUGCAUCCGAUCACACCCCAAUUCUUCCCACCCACUCCAGUGCAGAGCUCUUGAGCUCUGCUUCAGCGUCGCACUUGAGCGCCUCCCAACCGCCCAAAACAUCUCCCCAGGCCUUGAACCCCCCAUCUCCAAUGCUCUCAUGGCCGCCCUUAAGCGCGCCCAAGCGCACCAGCGCCGCGGCUGCCCUGAGCAGCAGCAGCAACCUCUUCUCGCUGUCAAGGUCGAGCUUCAACAACUCAUCAUCUCCAUACUCGAUGACCCCAGCGUUAGCAGGGUCAUGCGCGAGGCUAGCUUCUCCAGCCCUGCUGUCAAGGCCACCAUUGAGCAGUCCAUGAAUUCCCCACCCACACCCAAUGUUUCUCCUUCCCCAAUUGGAUUGGGUGGCUUCCGAGGACCCGGUGCCCCCACCUCCACCCCCACUCCCACCCCAACCCGCAAUUUGUAUUUGAAUCCGCGGUUGCAGCAACAAGGCAACGCCGCCACCGCUGCGGCUGCCAACCAGUCCGGCCACCAGAGGGCCGAGGAAGUGAAGCGCGUUGUUGAUAUUUUGUUGAGAACUAAGAAAAGAAAUCCGGUGCUGGUGGGCGAAUCAGAGCCGGAGGCCGUGAUGAAGGAGCUACUUAGGAGAAUUGAGAAGAGGGAUUUCGGAGAUGGACCACUGAAGAAUGUCGAGGUGAUUUCUCUUCACAGGGAGCUCUCUCUUAAUAAUUCCGAUAGAACUCAAAUACCCACCAAGCUAAAGGAAUUGGGUAGAUUGGUGGAAGCCCGAAUCGGAGGUGGAAGCAUUAUUCUUGAUUUAGGGGACCUGAAAUGGCUUGUCGAGCAGCCGGUGAAUUUAGGAGUUGCCGGCUCUGGUACAGUUGGGCAGCAGGUUGUUUCAGAGGCAGGGCGCGCUGCUGUGGCAGAGAUGGGGAAGUUACUGGCGACGUUCGGAGAGGGUAGCAAUGGCCGGCUUUGGUUGAUUGGGACUGCUACUUGUGAGACUUAUUUGAGGUGCCAGGUCUAUCACCCUUCCAUGGAAAAUGAUUGGGAUCUGCAGGCAGUGCCAAUUGCUGCUAGAACCCCUGUUCCAGGGCUUUUUUCGAGAUUUGGGACAAAUGGGAUUCUUAGCAGCUCUGUUGAGUCUCUGACACCAAUGAAGAACUUUCCAACUGCAAUAACUGCUCUACCAAGGCGUGUCUCUGAGAACAUGGAUCCUGCUCAGAAAAUGAGCUGCUGCCCACAGUGCAUGGAGAAUUAUGAACAAGAGCUAGGAAAGCUUGAAGGCCAGGAGUUCGAGAAGUCAUCAUCUGAAGUGAAAUCAGAAGUGUCUCGGUCAUCACUCCCACAGUGGUUGAAGAAUGCUAAAGCUCUGGACGGUGAUGUUAAAACAACAGAUCAGUCACAGACCAAGGAUCAAGAACUGAUCUGGAAGCAGAAGCCUCAAGAUUUACUAAAGAAAUGGAAUGACACAUGCUUGCAUCUACAUCCUAAUUUUCAUCAGCCCAACCUCAACUCUGAGAGAAUCACUCCAACAGCUCUCUCGAUGACGGGCUUGUACAAUGCGACUCUGCUUGGGCGGCAAGCCUUCCAGCCCAAGUUACAACCAACCAGAAACCUUGGAGAAACUCUGCAGUUGAACUCAAAUCUUGUGGCCAACCAACCAUGUGAACAGGCAGUUACACCACCUGGAAGCCCUGUACGGACUGACCUUGUUCUUGGGCGAACAAAGAUCAAUGAAACCACCACAGAGAAAAUCCAUAAAGAGCAUGUCAAAGACUUUUUCCAGUGCAUUUCUUCUGAAUCACUGAACAAGUUCCAUGAAUUGCAAAAUGACAAACUUAGCCCAUUGGAUGCCGACUCAGUCAAAAAGCUUCUCAAGGGUCUGGCAGAGAAGGUCUCAUGGCAGCAGGAUGCAGCACGUACUGUGGCUACAACUGUGACCCAAUGCAAAAUGGGCAAUGGAAAACGGCGAAGUGCUGGGUCAAAGGGUGACAUAUGGCUAUUGUUCACGGGUCCCGACAGGAUUGGCAAGAAGAAGAUGGCAGCUGCUCUUUCAGAGCUGGUAUGUGGGGUCAAUCCAAUUAUGAUAUGUCUUGGUUCAAGGCGUGAUGAUGGGGAAUUGGAUAUGAAUUUCCGUGGUAAAACAGCAGUGGAUCGCAUUGCAGAAGCAGUUAGGAGAAACCACUUCUCAGUAAUUAUGCUUGAGGACAUUGAUGAAGCAGAUAUGCUUGUUCAAGGGAGCAUAAAACGGGCCAUGGAGAGAGGGCGACUUGUUGAUUCCCAUGGCCGUGAGGUAAGUCUUGGGAAUGUCAUCUUCAUCCUCACUGCAAAUUGGUUGGUUGAUAAUCGCAAAAGCUUGUCCAACAGCACUUUGCUGAACGAGGAGAAGCUUGCUUCUAUCGCAGGUGGUGGUUGGCAGUUAAAAUUAUCUGCUAGUGAGAAGUCGGCUAAGCGGCGAGCCAAUUGGCUGCAUGAUGAAGACCGGUCCACCAAGCCUAGGAAGGAAAAUGGUUCUGCUCUGUCAUUUGACCUUAAUCAGGCAGCUGACACUGAAGAUGAUAGGGCAGAUGGAUCUCGCAAUUCAAGUGACCUCACCAUUGAUCACGAAGAUGAGCAGGGCCCUGAAAACAGGUGUCUGCCUCCAACUUCAGCAUCGAGGGAGUUGCUCAAUUCAGUAGACAAUGUCAUUACCUUCAAGCCUGUAGACUUUAACCCAAUUCGACACCAAGUCAGAAGCUGCAUUGCCAGAAAAUUUUCCUCCGUCAUGGGUGACAAGCUUUCAAUCCAAGUAGAAGAUGAAGCGCUGGAGAAGAUCCUAGGGGGAGUAUGGUUAGGCAGAAGCGGGUUAGAAGAGUGGGCAGAGAAGGUUUUGGUGCCUGGGUUCCACCAGCUAAAGGCAUCCAUGUCCUCCACUGAUGCCGCUUGUGAUGAGUCUACGAUGCUUGUUCGGCUUGAAUUCUUCGACUCUGAUUCAGAUAGCCGGGGCUAUGGAGAUUGGCUGCCAAGUAAAAUAACGGUGGUGGUUGGUGGGUCGUGACACGUGAUUUCUGUUGGUAUCACCUCAUCUCUGAUGGGUAGGAAUGUAAAUAUGCCCAACUAGUUGGCCAGGGUCGUCGACGGUUGGAGAGGGUAAAGAAAGAUGGUUAAAAACAAAAAAAAGAGGCAAAAAAAAAGGAAAAAAAAAAAAAAACAGUGGGACCGGGGGAUGAUUAGGUUAGCGGUAUCUUUAAGUGCCAGGCUCUGUCUCACUUUUUAUUUUAUUUUAUUUUUAUUUAUAGUAUUUUGAUUAUAAAUAUUUAUUAAUUACAUGAACUUUGAUUAAUAAGAUGAGGCAUUCCUCUGUUUGUUAUAGUUUAA